ACAUAGCUAAUAUAAUCAAACUUUAAUUUAAUUUUGAAACAUCUAAUCGACACAAUGGAGAGGAUUUUUAUCAACUUAUUUGUAUUGUCAAUCUUGCUAGCUCUUUUGGCAUUGGCUGAAUCAGCCAUGGAAAAUAGCUACGGACCCUAUAAUCAACAAGCAUCGUAUGUACCGGACACCUCGAGCACACCACCACCACCACCACCGCAUCCUAACCCUACGUGUAGAAAACAGAACCAACUUUGUGGAGGUUAUGGUGAUUACGCUUGUUGUGAAGGACUAUAUUGUCUUGGUUGGACACCAGAACAUCCAGGUGGUCUCGGACUAUGUACACCUUUAGAUAAUCAACAACCUCCGUCGAAAGAUAACUGUAGACACCACCUUCAAGAGUGUCAACUUUAUGGUCCGUACGUAUGUUGUCAAGGAUUGAACUGCGUUCAUCCUCGAAACCUUCCUACCGAACCUGUUAUUAAAACUAGAAAGAAGAAGCUUCCUCCUGGUACGGGUGUAUGCGCUUAUCCUAAGCUAUAAUAUGUAUACCAUUACCCCUCUAUCUACUCAUUAGUUCAUACUGAUUGAGUUUACUAUUUGUUCAUCAAGUGUUUCCAUGUAUUGUCCUAUAUAUAGCAUACAUUAUGUUUUUCAUUUUGUUUUCUAAUUACAACAUUUUGAUUUAAUUUGCACUAUUUAUUUAUAUAUUAUGUUGAUUGUAGUUGGUUUACAUACCCUCAAAUCCUUUCAUUGUCUGUCCACGAGUAAAGUUUUAUAAAAGCCAGUUUAUUACUCCAUCUCUUUUAACUU